AUGGUAUUGGCCGAUAAGACCUCGGACGAUAUUCGGAAUGGUCGGCGCUCUCGGUGUGGAAGUCCUAAUGGGCAAAUUUCAGACGAUAGCAGCGCUGCUGAUGAUUCGGAUCAUGAGAGUGGGAUGAGGGUUGGAGAAGAAUAUCAAGCUCGUAUUCCGGAUUCGUGUACUCCAGACAUGAAAAAUGAUGUACGCACAGAUGCUAUGUUGGUUUGGGCUCCCAAUGCUGAUCUCUGUGAAUCCAGAAUUGAUGAUUAUGUUACUAUUGCCAAAGAAAAACACGGUUAUAAUAUGGAACAGGCCCUUGGGAUGCUUUUCUGGCAUAAACAUAAUAUUGAGAAAGCAUUAGCUGAUUUACCAAAUUUCACUCCUUUUCCUGAUGAGUGGACUGUUGAAGAUAAAGUUUUAUUUGAACAAGCCUUCAGCUUUCAUGGAAAGAGCUUCCAAAGAAUCAGGCAAAUGCUACCAGACAAAUCCAUUGCUAGUUUAGUGAAGUAUUAUUAUUCAUGGAAAAAAACUAGAUCAAGAACCAGCCUUAUGGACCGUCAAGCAAAGAAACUUGCUGGGCAUCCACGAGAUGGAGACAGGUGUGGCCGCAUCAAGCUGAUAUACAGCUUCAGGAACAUUACUUUGUCCAAUGACGGAGCAUCUGAUGAAGGUAGCAGAAAUUCAGACAGUGAUGUGGAAAACAAUAAAGAAAAUGGAACAAGUCGAGAAGAUGGCAAAGGUUGUUCUAACUGUGGAAUGCACUCCUCUCAACUUCACUCAACACCAAAAGGAGCUUUGUGCAAUAGUUGUUAUCAAUACUGGAGGAGAACUGGGGUGAUGAGAUCAAGUGCUGGGCCCAUGAAACGCCGAGAGCAACAGCACAGCCAGCAUCGGCAUAAUCCAAUGCGUCACAAAAGAAAACCUCCUCGUGGCAUGUACCUGUCUGAAGAGGAUCUUAGACUGAUGCUUACAGGCCCACCACAGCAGGCAGAACAAAUUUUGAAAUCGUUAGAUAUGGACCUUAUUUCCCUUAAAAGACAGGUUCAAAACAACAAACAGAUUAUAAGUAUGCAAAAACAUAGAACAGGCACUGGAAUUGAUGAGUGGAAGCCUCCAGAAACCACUCAGAGAAUCAAUUCUCGUUGGACUAAUGAAGAACUUUUGUUAGCAGUUCAAGGUGUCCGCCGUUAUGGUAAAGAUUUCAAAGCUAUUGCAGAGGUCAUAGGCAAUAAACUUGAGGCUCAUGUUCGAAACUUCUUCAUAAACUAUAGGCGUAGAUAUAAUCUUGAUGAGGUUUUGGCGGAAUAUGAAAGUGAACAUGGAACUGAUACUGUGAAAGAAGAAGAUGAAGAUGAUGAGAAAAAGGAUUCAGACAAGAUGGAUGUUGAAAGCAAGUCUACUGAGGGAGUAGCAGCAUCUUCCUCACCACCACCUAUAAAGCAAGAGCCAACAUCUACUCUGCCAGCUUCUGUACACCCCCCCCCUCCCUUGCUCAAGCAGCCGCAAGUGCCUAUCACCAAGGGAAACAAUUCUCAAUCAUCUCAACAUCCUAGGUACAGGUUGCUUCCUCAACCUAAGACAAUUCUGCAACAACCGCCACCUCCAUUGAUUCGUCCCAUGUCUGGGAAGCAGCCAGUCAGCUCAGUGGUACCUGCCCAAAUGCCUGCGGCGGGGGGACGAGAAUAA